CUUUUCUCGGUGAUCAUGGCGACGAUCGGAAGCGACCCGUCCACGACGGCGUACGCGUACAUUGGCAUUGCGGUGGGCUUCGUUGUCUUCGCAGCGACGCUGGGAGCGGUCUUCAUGCUUCUCUACUUUGGUGGGUCCUUUGACCGCAUGAAGCACGAAGCAUCGGGCAUGCCAACCUCGGCGGAUCAAGUCAAACCCCUUCUAUACGACGACUUGCUGCAAAAAGCGGCUUCCCUUCCGCUCAAACCUGCCGCGUACUCGCUGGAAGGCCAAUUCGUCCACAUUCGUCCGUUAGAGUCGUUCUCCGAUCGAAAAGCCAUCGUGUCCACGCUAUAUGAGAUUUCGUCCGGAAAGGCCAUCAGCGGCAUUUACGGCGGCAAGGCGUUCGACGCCGACGCGGCGUUGUGGCGCUACAUGCUGUCUGGACCGUAUGAGACCGUGGAUGACUUUGAACGAGGUUGUUGCAUCGAGGCCGACAACCAGCGGCUAUUCGUGUUGCUGGACGCAUCUACGUCCAAACCCAUUGGGAUGGUGGGGCUCCUGAAUCACUCUCCAACGGAUUUGCGCGUGGAGAUCGGAGCCAUCUGGCUCGUGCCAGCCUUCCAGGGCACCGGAGUCCAUCGGGAAGUGGUGUACCUGCUCCUGGACGCGCUGUUCCGCGAAGGCGGGUACCGGCGGGUGGAGUGGAGAUGCGACGGAUUCAACGUCCGGUCCCGCAAGGCGGCGCACAGCUUGGGGUUUACGAUGGAAGGAGUGCUGAGAAAGCACAUGAUCGCCAAGGGGGCGAACCGGGACACGGUCGUGUUUGCCGCGCUUAAUGGAGAAUGGCCCGCCAUUCAAGAGAUGCUCCAGGCCAAACUCAACGCCAUGCUGGCCAAGCGCCCCCACAAGCCCAAGGACGACUAGAGUACCCCCCGUGAUUGGAUAAAAUUCAACGAAAUACGAACCACUUGUGAUUGACUAGC